UGAGCCGCGUUGCCAACUAAAAGAGCUCAACUCGCAAAUAAGUGUAAAUAAAUGCGUUAUUUCGGUGAGAUCGCGAGCUGAAGCUGAUGCCAUGCCACCGGCGUACGACCUUGGCCACUCCGGAGAGGCGUACCACCCCCUGGACACUGGCAGUGCUGGCGGCAAGGACGCCAGUGCCCCGAACUCCACCUCCGCCCAAAUCCGCCACCCGAUGGGAAUGCGGACGUCCUGGAUGCGGAUGUUCCGCCGCUACAAGCUGCCGGCGGUGCUCCUGAUGUUCCUGCUCCUCGUAUCCUGCCUUGCGUACCGAAUCCUCAGCACUGAGCAAGAUGCCCCACCCUUGGAUCUUCAUCGCAGCUCACCCCUUUUGGAUGCCUACGAGGAUUUUAGCGCCAUGAGGGCGGGAGAUUUGAAGAUGCGCAUCGAGGAGAUGGUGAGAAUCAAGAGCACCGUGUCUGUGGAGCUGCGCGAACUGGAAUCCCGUCGCCAGAAGCUGCAGUCGGACAUAAGUCAGUACAACCAGAAGAUCGAGGAGCUCAAGCAGGAGCUUCUCAGGGAGCAAACGGAGCUGGAGCGCCUCAAGAUCUCGGUGGAGCAGGCGCAGGUGGCCCAGCGAGAGGCAGUACAGCGGAAUACCCCAGAUUUGGCACUGCCCCGCUCUCUCCUACCCAACACACUGCCCAGGAAGAUGAAUUCCAUCUCUGGAGGGAUGGCAGCCAGCUGCGAGAUGCACAACUGCUUUAAUCACUCCCGCUGCAGUCUAACCUCCGGAUUUCCCGUCUAUCUGUACGAUCCAGACGAGCACAGUGUUCAGCGAAAGGGCUACGAUAUCGAUGGUUUCCUAAAGACCACUCUAAAACAAACGUUAGGAUACAAUGCCCACAUAGUCAAGGAUCCCAAGCAUGCCUGCAUCUAUUUGGUGCUGGUGGGAGAGGCUCUGCUCGAGCAGGAUCUGCUGCGAAACAAUCGCUAUGCGGCGCAGGAGGCGGAGCAUCAGCAGCCGUCCACACCCAGCCAGGCAAACGACUGCCCCGUGGACUUGGAGAAGCUCUACAGCCUGCCCUAUUGGGGCGGCGAUGGACGCAACCAUGUGCUGCUCAACUUGGCCAGGCGAGAUCUCACCUCGCAUCGCACGAAUCCGCUGUACAAGCAGAACACAAUGCGAGCCAUUGUGGUGCAGAGUGCAUUCGAAAGGGAUCAGUUCCGUGCGGGCUAUGACCUAAUUGUGCCGCCCAUUUUGGGUCCUCCGGGCGGAGAUGUGUGGCAGGAGUGCGCGGGAAUGGUGCCGGCCAGAAGGAAAUACCUGCUCAGUUACCAGGGAGAACUGAGGCCCAAACAGAGCGGUCUUAACCCUUUGGAUGCCUUUAUUCUGGAGCACCUGGCGGAUAUGGCCAAGGGCGCCACCCAGGAUCAGUUUGUCCUGCAAUUCCAGUGCAUCCCGGCCACGGAGCAGCAAGAGGGGGAUUCCCUGCCGGAUUGGACGCUCUGUGGCUCGGAUUCCUCGCGCCGGCAGUUGCUCAAGGACUCGACAUUUUCUCUGAUCCUUCCCCCGCUGAAUGGCCGUGUUUCCUCCACUCUAAUGCUGGCCAGGAUCUAUGAGGCUCUUCGCUCGGGAGCUGUGCCCGUAAUCCUCGGCGCAGAUGAGCUGCGUUUGCCCUACGCCGAGACUCUGGAUUGGAGGAGAUCGGCUAUCUUGUUACCAAAAGCUCGGAUCACAGAGCUGCACUUCCUGUUGCGAGCAGUUCAGGAUGUGGAUUUACUGCUGCUGCGACGACAGGGGCGACUCAUUUGGGAGCGCUACCUGAGCUCCGUUCAGGCCACCGUGGACACAGUGAUUGCCAGUUUGCGGGAUCGCCUGGGCAUUCCGCCACGACCAGUGCCCUCGGUGAUAGCACAGAGUGUUUUUAACAGCACCUUUAUUCCGCUAAAAUCCGAUCCCCCAGUUGGUUUGGAUACGGAACCCGAGGAGUCGCUGGGCCCCAUUGAACCACCCUAUCCCAGUCCCGCUUUUCGGCGCAACUACACCAUACUGCGGAUGCAGGCGAAGGAGGCCUGGAACGAUUGGUUGGAUCCCUUUUACCUAUACCCCCAGCUACCCUUCGAUCCUGCGCUGCCCUCGGAAGCCAAGUUCAUGGGCUCGCACACCGGCUUUCGUCCGAUUGGCAAGGGACUCGGUGGAGCUGGCAAGGAGUUUGGCGAGUCACUGGGCGGAAACUAUCCGCGCGAGCAGUUCACCAUUGUGAUGCUAACGUACGAACGAGAGCAAGUCCUGAUGGACUCACUGGGCAGACUGUAUGGACUGCCCUAUCUGCACAAAGUGGUGGUGGUUUGGAAUUCCCCAAAGCCUCCAUUGGAUGACCUACGCUGGCCGGACAUUGGGGUGCCGGUGGCCGUGCUGCGGGCUCCCAGAAACUCACUGAACAACCGAUUCCUGCCAUUCGAUGUGAUUGAAACCGAGGCAGUGCUCUCCGUGGACGACGAUGCCCAUUUGCGGCACGACGAGAUACUCUUCGGCUUUCGAGUGUGGCGAGAGCAUCGCGACAGGGUAGUGGGAUUCCCAGGACGCUAUCACGCCUGGGAUCUGGGCAAUCCCAAUGGCCAGUGGCACUACAACUCCAACUACAGCUGCGAACUUAGCAUGGUGCUGACGGGAGCGGCGUUUGUGCACAAGUACUAUCUCUACCUGUACACCUACCACCUGCCGCAGGCGAUUAGGGAUAAGGUGGACGAGUACAUGAAUUGCGAGGACAUAGCCAUGAACUUCCUCGUCUCGCAUAUAACGCGGAAGCCACCGGUUAAGGUGACCUCCCGCUGGACGUUCCGCUGCCCCGGUUGCCCGGUUUCCCUCAGCGAGGACGACACCCACUUCCAGGAGCGGCACAAGUGCAUCAACUUCUUCAGCCGGGUGUUCGGCUAUACGCCGCUGCUGAACACCCAGUACCGGGCGGACUCCAUUCUCUUCAAGACUCGCAUACCGCACGACAAGCAAAAGUGCUUCAAGUACAUCUAGUCGUAAAACUGAUCCCAGAACCCCAAAUUCCGACAACGGCGGCCACUUCACUUACCUUAACGAAGUGAUCACCAGCUGAAUGACUCCUAGAUGUAAGUAAAACUUAUCAGGCAUGUUCCGGUUUUCACAAAUUUAAUAUCUAGCUAAAACUAAGUUCAAAUUGACAGACCCCCUUAAAUCUAAAGUAUUCAGGGUUCGGAAAUUGACACACAUGUUAAAAACAUGAAAAAUUGUAUUUUACAGUGUGAGCAAAAUUGUUGACAUGUGUGUCAAAUACAAAAGUGCUAAAAAUAAUUG